CACAAUAUUUUCAACAAACGUAUAGAAUUAGCGUCUAUCCAGUCUUUAUUUUUCUUGAUAACUUAUCCAGUGAGUUCUUGUUAUAAUGAACCGCGAAAAAGCGCAGUGACAUUGGGGCUGGAAAUGGAUGAAUUAUAUCUUGUGUGGAACACGGUUAUUGCUGUAUUAAAUUAAGAGCGACUUUUAUUUUUAUUUUUAGGUCUGUCCAAAAUUAAAGAUAGACUAUUGAAAAAUACUCAAACGCAACGCCUUUGUGGUCGCCUAACUACUUCGAGUGCAUGUUAGUUUUUGCUUUCUGGACGGCGACGUGGGACCCUCAGCAAUCGCCAGAAUUUGGGAAAUGCUAAAAUGAAAUGUAGAGCGAGUGAACGAGGAAGUGUGUUUGAUCAUGUGGUCGACUGCUGUGCAAAUAUCAACACUUUAAAGUAAAAACGGGAUUAUACGAACAAAGCAACAGAAGAAGCACUCGCCAAUUGACUGCACAGCAUCCCGCGGAACUGUCGACUCCCAGCCUCCUCUGCCUUCACUGUGUGCAAGUGUCGUAGACAGCUCUGCUAUUGGAGAACAUAAUGCUGAUUGGUCUAAAUACCCACGCAAGCAACCAGAUGAAUGAACACUGUCUUAUAGUAAGCCACUGUUUCAAUGGAAGCCAUACUACAGCAGAAUCACAUAAAAGGUGAACUUCUAAGAUUUAAUGAUGACCCGUCACAUGAUUUGAUACUCUCCACUUCAGCGCUAUUGGACUCUCCUCAACCAGGAAGCUAAUGGCACUUGUUCUUCAAUUACUGCUCUUUCCUUAGCCUGUCUCCUUGGCUGCAGAAUCUUCUAUUGCAUGACAUCAUGCUUUAACUGGUGCCAGGUUGAAUGCAAGGAACCGUUCAGAUGGCUGUUGAUAGGAUUGUUGGCCUGGGUGGUGGGGUUUUAACUUGUUGAGAUGGAAUUUUGCACAAUCAAUGGUUUAUGCAUAUCUCCAAGGAUUUGUUGGGUUUCCAAAGUUGCCCCAGUGCUUGACGGAAGGCUUUGCACAUGAUGUUGGGUAACACCAGGCAGACGCUAGGAUGCCCAUUACCCAAGAGAAUGCUGGGAGUCACCUCCCUCUGCUGGAGUGCUGGCUCCAAAUCCAGGCAGAACAGGACCCCAAAAGGGAGGAGCAACACUUGUGCCAGGCUGCCAUCCAGAAGCUUGUGGAAUACAUUCACUUAAACUUUAGCGAUGGGGAGUGUGCUCUGCAGAGCUCCACUCAGGAGGAUGGGAUGGAACUCCAGGUCCAAGCUGUGUGCCUCUCCAAGUCGUCCGGGGACGGAAGCGAGUUUGGCCUCAGCUUUGGCAACAUCCCUAUCUUCGGGGAUCCUGAUGGGAGGAAGAAAGGUGGGAGGAGGAGGAGGAAGGGGGACAAAGGGCCUGUGCUGGACGUGGGGUGCAUCUGGGUGACGGAGGUGAAGAAACAAAGUCCUGCUGCCAGAUGUGGGGAGAUCAAGCUGCGAGAUGAGCUGCUUUCACUCAACGGGCAGCUGAUGAUUGGCGUUGACGUCACAGGAGCGAGUUACCUGGCUGACCAGUGCUGGAAUGGCGGAUUUAUCUACAUGAUCAUGCUGCGUCGUAUCAAACGCAAAGCUUCUCUUCCUCCUUGCAAUGGCGCCAGCGGCGGUGGUGAACACAGGGCAAGCAUCUCCUCAGAGCUGAGUGGGAGCCCUGCUCACAAUGGGAAGAGGACCCGGAAGUUCGGGGUCAUCUCCCGGUCCUCCUUCACCCGGGAGAGCAAGGACAGUGGCAGGGACAGCCGAGACUCUGGGCACGAGAACGGAUACUGCAACUCCAUGGACGUGGAGGUUUCGCCUAGAGAGACUGUGCACCCCGCGGAGCAGCGCUCGGAAGGGAACACCAGCACUGAGCCGCCGCUCCACAAUGGGACCUCCUCUCUGACUGUGACAAGUGGGCUCCCCAGAAGUCGGCUCUCGGAAGGUGGGAAAACAGACUCCCUGAACAGCGAGCAUCCUGGUCCGCCCAGAGAAGGCAGUCGAAUAUGGAAGAUGCACAUGGUGAAGGGACAGGAUGGACUGGGGAUCCAGAUUACUGGAGGCCGCGGAUCUAAGAAGUCCCCUCAUGGCAUCAUCGUGACUCACGUGGAAGAAGGAGGAGCAGCUCACAGGGAUGGAAGACUGAAGUCCAGUGAUGAGUUGCUGAUGAUCAAUGGCCAGUCUCUGGUUGGCCUCUCUCAUCAGGAGGCUGUGGUGAUUCUCCGGUCUGCGGCAGGGCUUGUGCAGCUUGUUGUUGCCAGCAGGGAGGAGUCACAGGUGGAUCUCCAGAAGUACCCCUCGACCAGCCUGCCUGAUUUAGUGAGUACCUGCUCGUCACAGGGCAGCUCCCCAUUCCCCGCGGAGAAUAAAGAGAAUGUGAACUUGAAUGUGAAGGAUGUGACAGCCAGCUGCCUCUCUCUGCCCUCUCAGGACUCGCUCACAGAAGCUGAUAGGAUUGAGGAUCGAGGAAAGACAGAGGGACCCAAGGGAUGCUGCCGCAGUCCAACGCCAAUGAAGUUCAGAAGCAGAUCUCAAGGGGGAGGGAGCCGCUUGGAGUCGGUUGGAGAGGACGACGAGCUCAUUGUAGAGAACGAAGAGGCUGGCUGCAAUGUGUCAGAGAAACACUCCCGAGGGGGUCGCAAGCACUCCCUGCCACAGCAGCUCGACACAGUGGGCAUCCGGCAGGAAUACCAAAUUGUGAAGAAAUCAGCACGCUCCUUAAGCACCGUUCAAGUGGAGUCUCCAUGGCGACUGGCCCAGCCGUCUAUUAUCUCCAAUAUAGUUCUGAUGAAAGGGCAAGGCAAGGGUCUUGGCUUCAGUAUUGUUGGCGGGCAGGAUUCAGCUCGUGGAAGGAUGGGGAUUUUCGUGAAGACAAUCUUUCCCAGCGGUGCAGCUGCUGCUGAUGGGAGGCUCAAAGAAGGGGAUGAACUCUUAGAAGUAAACGGAGAGUCACUGCAGGGCCUCACUCACCAGCAGGCCAUCCAGACCUUCAAGCAGCUGAAGAAGGGGGUGGUGACCCUGACAGUGCGGACUCGGCUGCGCAGUCCCAGCCUGACCCCCUGCCCGACCCCCACCCUGCUGAGCCGCUCCAGCUCCCCCAACUCCAACGCCAGCGGGGGGACCCCCGUGCCACCCUGCUCCGAGGACGGAGACGGCGCCUGCCGCAGAGGCCCUGGGCCCAAGGACCGCAUUGUCAUGGAGGUGACACUAAACAAAGAGCCUGGAGUGGGACUGGGAAUUGGGGCUUGCUGCCUGACGCUGGAGAACAGUUAUCCAGGGAUCUACAUUCACAGCCUUGCUCCCGGCUCCGUGGCCAAGAUGGAUGGCAGGCUCAGUCGUGGAGACCAGAUUCUAGAAGUGGACUCAGUGAGCCUCAGGCAUGUUGCUCUGAGUGAAGCCUACGCCAUUCUCAGCGAGUGUGGACCGGGCCCAGUCAACCUGAUCAUCAGUAGACAUCCCAACCCAAAGGUUUCAGAGCAAGAGAUGGAUGAAGCGAUUGCACGCCCCACUCAUCGGGAAAGCCUGAGCAGAGACAGCCAUUCUUCCCAUGUGCUGGGACUUCCCUCCAAGAGUCCAUCUCCCACUGUGAAGCCCAAGCAAAGUGAUGGGGCCUCCUCUCUCAGCUGGACAAUGAAACGCUUCCUCGAACCAGCUAGCAGGCAAGGGUCCCUAAGCUCGGAAGCGGAGCUCUCUCAAUACUUUUCACAUGUGCCCAGCCAGUCAUCUCUCUCGGAUACCAUGGUAACCGGCUCCAGUGAUGAGGAAUUGCUCCGCAACAAAAGCUGCAACACCUCACUGGACGACAGCUCUGCCCCGCCCCUUAACCCAGCCUUUAAAGAGCCAGCCUCUGCUUCUCCAGGCAGCAACGGGAAGACCCCUGUGAACAGGCAUGUGGAGGCCGCCCGGCAGGCCAGUCUGGGGGGGAGCCCCAAGUCUGUGCGCAGCCCCCUGCUGAGGCAGCGCAGGGUCAUCGGCUACGAGGACGAAGUCAGUGACGAGGACGAGGACCUGGUGCUGGCGGAGGGCCCCGGCGCUGCUGUGCGCUUCAGGAGGUCUCUGCAUGUGGACGGAGUGGAAGAGGACUCUACGAUUGUGAUAGAGGGAGGUGCCCGCAGGAUACUGGAGCAGGACUCUGGGAUUGUGAUGGUCUGCUCCUCUGUGGAAGUGGAGGACCAGAGCCUGGACAGCGAGGCUCCCGCUUCUCUCUACGGCAGCUCCGUGGAGACAGAGGACGGCCUGGGGGCAGAGCAGCUGCAGGGAGGAGAGUUCCCCUCCACACCCGUCCACUCCUUAGAUCACGACACGGGCGGCAGCAACCUGGUUGUCAAGAAAGAGCAGCACCGCGGAGGCCAGCUGGAGUCCAAACGCUCACCCAAGCUGGAGCACAAGGCAGUCACCCGGGUCAAAAGCAUGAUGAGCAUCGAGUGCCCAAACCUGCCCCAGCGGCAGAAGAACGAGGAGCACCACUGCCUAGCCGGAGGCAAACCGGUAGCCAAGCUGCUUCCUCACAGCAAGAUACCUGAGGCUGCAGAACCCUCAGGGCCAGGCACUACAGAAAUGGUGCAUCUGGAAUCUAUGGGAAAGCUGAGUCCUGGAGAUGAGCUAGUAUCAAUAGGAGACACUCCAGUUAGUAGCAUGUCAUACCAGGACGUAUGUAACCUCAUGCAGACCCUGCCUGCCUCUCUCUCGUUAGAAGUAAAGAAGCCACUAUCUGCUGUAGACAGACUCUCCAGCGUCAUGAUGUCAUCGAGUCCUGAUGGAGCAUCCCACCCAGAUGCCAACAAGAACUUGGUUACUCAGAAAGGCCACGUGGAAAUCCCAGAGGAUGCACCUGCAAAUAAAGAAGAUGUACAGCCUGGAUUAGUGCUGCCACCUGCAGAUGAGCCCUCACAAUUACAAGUGCAUUUAAUGGACUGCAAUAGAAGUGAUAUUCCUGUCACCGAUAUUGAUGACUUUAUAAGUGAACUAAACUUUACAGAGGAAACAACACACUUAAAUGAAGAUGAAAACGCAAGCAAGGUUGAUGCUUCUUUGGACAAUAGUAUAACACAGGAGAACAACAGCAAGUCUGGUUCUCCUGGAGCUGAGCAAAAUAGAAUGGAUUUCUCAUUUCUGGAUGCUGGGAACACUGGCAAGUUCAUCACUGUCAGUAAGACAUUUUUAAAUAGCUACUCCAGGAACUUCAGCAGUCUGAAUGAAGAAGAGCUUUUCAAUUCAAAAGGUGCUGAUGAGUGCAUGGACACAGGGCCACUGAAAUCUAUGUACUGUACAGUAGAUGAGAGUGAUUCAGAAACAGACACUGCUGCUGACGCCAGUCCCCAGGCCAUGAGAGCUGUAAAGUGCCAUGCUAAUAACCAGCAUGGGGAACUGCAGGUUAGAUCAGACUCAGAAGACGAGCAGAUUGAGAUUUGUUACGAUUCAACACACGACUCCAGCACGCAGUGUCACUCAGACAAAAACAACGUUCAAGGCAGACCUUUCUCACCUUGCCAUGGAAUCCCAGACAGGGCCAAUGUAAAGACAGUUCAUUCCUUUGCAGCUAGCCGAGAAGAACUUCCGUUUACACUACAGCAGAGGUCCACUUCAAAGCCAGCCUCACCACCCAUUAAAUUUAAGUCUACAGGUGCCUUUUCCAUUUCAGAUAAAAAAGACAUAGCCGGUGGGUCUUCCAGAGACAAUGUGUCUGUUAGCAGUGGACUCUCCUCACAAGACUGCAGUAAAGAGGUGGUCACAGUUUCCUGUGACAAGGAGGUGGGACCUGACAAAGCCCAGCCAACUUCACCAAGGCAAGCUGAGGUCAGUCAUUCUGCCUUAAUGCACACAGACUCUCGUUUACCUCCCAGAAUUCACAGUGAGCUGUAUAGGUCAUCUUCAGAUGCCUUACUGACAUCACACAAAAGUAGCAAUUCACAUCUCUUCUCCCAGGGCAGUGAACCUAGGUGCUCCCCUCUUAAUAAUUCCACACUGGUGGGGGAAACAUUGACAGCACUGACCCUUAGAGAUCAGGUUAAAGUGAAUCCUUCCCUUGGUUCAAAGUCAUCUGUUUCACACACACAAAACAAUUCCUGUCAGUUUCCUUGGGCCUCCAGUUUGAAAACUCAAAGUGAGAGCGCAAGUGCAGCACACACAAGCAGAAUGAAACUCCAAGAUAAAAUACAGAGAUUGAACACAGCACCCAGACUGAAGGGACUCAGUAUUAAAAGUAAAAACAAGGUACCAGAGGGGUCUGUGACCACAAAGUCCACAAAGGUUGAAGUGGCUUCUCAGAAGAAAAUGUCAGUGUCUCCGCUGCAGUCACCAAAGCUUCAGCCCAAGAAAGUAUCUUUAACAUAUGACCUGAAAACAAGCAAGCAGCUUGAAAAAAACGCAACAGGUUUGCCAAAACCGAGUGGGCAGAAGAAAGACCACAGACCGCCUGAGCUUGAGAGAAAGGGAGUGGAAGAUCAUCCCAGUUCAAAUCCUGUGGCGAGUGACUCAGCGGCACAACAAUGUGACCCAUUAGCAGGAGAAACACAGCUUACACAUGCAGCACCAUACUCCCUGGUGACUUCAUCUGACAAAGAACAGCCAGAAACAGUGACGACUCAGAGGAGCUUCAUUGAAGUAAGGCUGUCUUCCUCAUCUUCACCAUCAUCAUUAGCAUCAACACCAAUUCUUGAGCGCAGGGAGACUCCAGAAACAAAUGCAGUCCCUAAAGUGGCAGGAAGAAGCGAGUCUCUACAUGAAGAACAACACAGUGGGGCUGAAGCAAUAGGGCCCUGUCUCAGUGAUCAAGCAAAUCAGCUUGAUAAGCAAGACCCUUGUGCUUUUACAGAGGCUGCAGUGGAGCCAGAACCUUGCCACAGUUCAUCCAGCAGCAGUAAUAUCAUCAAACAAGACAAUGAUGUUUUCAAGAGCUCAACAACAAUGGAACAAAACAAGUCCAACAGACCCAAACCAGAGGUCUUGAAAACAGAGAGACGGAGUUACUCAACUGAAUCCAGCCUCCCUCUGGAUCACAACUCCUUCUCGGUCAGGCAGCGGAUAAAGUCUUUCGAGAACCUGGCCAGUUUUGACAAGCCAGUAAUCCGAGCCAUCGAAAUACAGUCAUUCGCUGUCACUUCUAAACCUCCAGUGGGCAGGAGAUCAUCAGGCAACAUGACAGCUUCAGCAGCAUGUGCCCACUCUGUGGACGGUUCCCGGUCCUUAAGAAGGAGUCUGAGCUCAUGUGCUGAUAGCUCGAGUGAGGCUCCAGUGACGUCCCCUCAUCUCAAAAAGUCUCCAUCCACCAUGGCUCUGAUAGGGUUUGAAUCCAACCCUGUUGAGAAUAUAAGAGAGACCCAUACUGAAGAGAAAGCUUUGGGUGUUGCCUCAGUGAGCAAGCAAGACCCUGUAUCCCAAACUCCGCCUGUGUCCCGUAAUAGGAACACCAGGGGUCAUUCAUCCCUGUCUCGUUCCAGGCUUAGGGAACUGAGGGCACUAAGCAUGCCUGACCUGGACAAGCUGUGCACUGAAGACUUUGCAAGUGAAGCUAACACUGUCACUUUCAAAACUGAGCUGGAAAUCAGACCUAGAAGGUCCUUGGGUGCCCCAGCAGAGAGGCUUACCAAUCUGUACAGGAGCGUGACCCCUGGCUCAUUGUCUGACGAGGAGAGGGACAAUGACAAGAAGUUAUCAGACAACAGCUGGUCAAUCAGUCUAAGUGAAUUAUCAGUCUCCACCCUUGACCAGAAUAAACUGCAGGACGUUUUGACAUCCCUGAUGUGUAAAACAGAUGUGGGGACCUUAAUGCAGCAAGCCAAGGCUCUUGCAGAGGAUAAAGAAGAGGUUUACUUCGUAGUCUUGACCAAAGAAGAAGGCUCAGGUCUGGGUUUCAGCAUUGCAGGAGGAGUGGACUUGGAGCAGAAAUGUGUAACAGUGCACCGUGUUUUCUCAAGAGGUAUAGCAGGUCUGGAAGGUACCAUUCAGCGGGGGGACAACAUUAUUUCAAUCAGUGGAACCCCCCUGAGGGGAGCCUCCCAUGCAGAUGCCCUUUCUGUACUGCAUCAGGCCCGUCUCCCUAAACAAGCCCUGGUGGUUAUCAGAAGAGGAAAGGAGUCUGAGCCAUUGUUUCCCAGACAGGAAGUGACUGCUUCCGGAGGAAGGCUGUCCCAAUCUGCAAGAGACGUUACCAUGGAAACAGGGACAGGUCCAGCUGUGGACUUGGGUGAUGCCAUCAGUGUAGAGCUACAAAAGACCUCUGCUGGCCUGGGCUUCAGUCUUGAUGGAGGAAAGGCUUCAGUCCAUGGGGACAGGCCUCUGUAUGUUAAACGCAUUUUCAAAGGUGGUGCUGCCGAGCAGUCCGGGGUGAUCGAGGUUGCAGAUGAAGUGCUGGCCAUCAAUGGAAGGUCUCUGCAGGGACUCAAGCACUAUGAUGCCUGGAACAUUAUCAAGGCGGUCUCGGAGGGGCCAGUCCAGUUAAUUAUAAGAAAACAUCAAGCUUCUGUAUGACCAUGAACCUCUGCCUAUUCUGUAUAUAAUAGCUGGAAAUGGAACUUGAUCACUGUGGUGCCAAAAAAAGCAUAGGUGGCAGGCCACUGUAUUGCGUAAAUAAGAGGAGAGGGUCUUUUCACUUUUCUACCUAAACACAUUUGUUGCUGUGUAUAUAAAUAUUCCCAUUUGUUUAUAUAUCUGAGGCAUUAGCACUGUUGUCAAGCCCCACAGAGCUGGAGUGUCCUCAUGGUAUGUCACCUGAUCAGAGGGUCUUAGCCUUGAUCCUGCUGUUUAUAUACACAAUCCUGCCUUGCAUUGCAUCCCAUAUUUAUAUGUUGUGUAGACGUGUGGGGCUAAAAGCACAACAGUCCUGUACAUUGCAAUAAAUGUACUGCUCUGUCUGUUAUGACUUUCUGUAAGAAGAAUCAAGUGUAUAAGAGGUAGACCCCUCAUUCGUGCUGAGUAAAUGAGGCUGUUAUUAGUACUCGUGUCUGGGUUAGCUUGCCAUCCCUCUCCCACUAUGCCCCAACCAUACCACUUCUGUAUGACGAUGAACCCCUGCUAUUCUGUAUGCAAUGGUUAAGUGCCCUCGUUGAGCUGAGCUUGCUUGCAAACAGCACUACAAUUCCGAUCCACCGCAGUCUGUAACACCCAGCUUUUGUUUUCAGAAAUGACCACAAGUCUGUCAUUUUAUAAUCGGACACACAGGGAUUAUCUAAUCAGACCUUAAACUGAAGGAACAACUGUGGCUUGAAACUUGGUUUCAGGAGACUAGGUUUCAGGCCACGCCAGGGGAGACUUGUGGUUUGAUCAGUGGUUUGAUCACCUCAAACUAGGUCUCCCUGUCUCCCGGUCUCCUGGAGGUCUCCUUCAAGCCACUGUUCCUGAAAAAGUGGCUUUGUAUUCCCUCAGCUUAACAUGGACAUUUUCAGAACUUUUAUACUUGACCUUUCCAAUGUGGACCAGUAUGAUACACUAUUUGAAACACCACAGCCCAGUGUUUUAGAGACUUCGACUGAACCCCUGAUGCAGUGAUUGCUGAGGUUAGGUGGUUAAGUACAUCAGUGUCAGUGCAUCCAGCUUUUGCACCAAAUUAGUUUUAUUCUUUGCUAACCUGAAAAUGUGUAUUAUUUUUAUAUGAAUAUUUAAUGUAAAUUGCAAUAAUAAUUUUAAUGUAAAAUUGUUUAAAAAAAAAAAAAAGAAAAGAUAUUUAAACAAAUUGUGUCCGGCAUCCUGUUGUUUUAUGGUGGUUAUGUUUAAAUUAAAACAUUUAUUUAUUGCAAAUAUUUUGAUUACACAUCAAACACAAAAUUGUAGAUUAGAGACCAGUUCUACAGUAGUGUGCACAUUUAUUACAACGCCUGACUGCUUCUGUUGUUUUGAUAAGAAACCAAACCACUGGAACUGAAAAUCUUGGGAAAUUGUCAAUAUCGGCAAAUGAGUGAUUAUCUAAUAUAGUUCCUGACUUUAAUAGACCACACAUGCAAUUCAUUUAAAAUAGUAAGAGAAAAUGAACAUGUAACCACAUGUGGUAAAAUGCUUGAGACUUUUAAAAAGUUGUUUAAGAUACUGAAUUAAAGCACAAAGCAGUCUUAACAUUUUCACACAAGUGCCUAUUGUUUCUAUAUCACUGACUACUGACUGGAAAUGUAAAUUCUCCGUGCGGUUUUCAUGCAGGCAGGUAUAUAAAGGAUGUAAAUGAGAAAUCCUGAGGUGUUCUAAUACAUUUGCACACUGCUGAAUCUCAAAAGAUAUCUAAAAAAUGCUAGUGUUCUGUGUAAUCCAUAAUCAGGCAUGUUCAAGUGCUUCUGCAUCGAAAGGCUUGUAGAGAACUAGAAAAGAGAAAACUAAUCUAUUCUGUGCAUCUUGAUAUGCAUUGAGAGCCACCACGAUGUGCUUUUAUCCCAAACUAUGGUGCCAUACUUGAUUGUCUCCUUAGUCCCUUCCCAAAUGUAUGAAACAGUUUGUGUACUGAUAAUCAUGUUUUGUCCAUAAUAAAAAUGUAUGUCCUGGAAAUAAUUACAAACAUUAAAAUAAUGUUCAAUUAUACUUUAUUUAUUUAUUUAUUAGAUUAAAUAAGUAUGUAAAGAUUUUGACAUAGGUUUUAAAGUAACACACAUAUUUUUGCUUGACAAUUUUGAUAAACAGGUAUUUGAAAACUAUUUAGGAAAGUGGACAAUGGCACUGCCUGUUGUGUCAUGAGUGUCUAUAAUAAAAAAGAAGAUAAGCUCUCAGUGCAAUUAAAAACAAAGGGGGAUUCUGACUAAACUGAUCAGUUUUGUUUAUCCUGCUCUUGAAAGAAGGGAUUGCAUUUCAAUCAGAUGUUCCAUGAAUUCGAUUGGUGUUGUAAGUCCGGGGUGAUGCAUGUCUGUUCUGCAUACUCACUCAUUAAAGAGAGCACACAGUGGAUUUGGGGGUCAUGUGGUAUAAUAGGGUAUCAACUGCUGUAGCUUUUGACAGUCACAAAAAUGCCUUGAGUACCACAUGAAGUGCAAAAUAAAAAAAGUGCAAUACAUGCUGUGAUCUGCCAAUCCAAAAACUGGGAGCUGUAAUUUAAAAAUAUUUUGAAGAACAAUUAUAAAUCAAAUAAAUUAUGUUUUCCCAUGUCACAGGCUUAUUGUUUGUAUACCAUAAAGAAAUGUUAUCUUUAUUUGUGCUCUAAAGUGAUGAUGAUUUCUGUACAGUAACCAUGUUUCAUAUGGUUUUACUAAUGGAUUUAUAAAAUGCUCAGUAGCUGGGAUUAGGAUCUGCAGCUGUCACCACAACCAGAAUGCAAAAGAACUGGACUCACCUGCAUUGGUGGUUAGAGAACUUUUAACCUCAUCUCAUCUCACAGUCCCUAAUGCCGUUCAUUACACAGCACUGCCCGU